AUGUCUUCACCCUCAACUUCAUCAUCUUCUUCAUCCCAAGACGGAAACCACAGUGCCAAUGCAGCUGGCCCUAGCAAUGUACAAAGAAGUGGUGAUUUUGAAGGCCCAUCCUCAUCCAGACGACGUGCCGUAAACGAGGUCUGGCCUGAGCCUUUUGUGGAAGCCCUCGCUACCCAAGUUGCCAUUGAUGCCUCUCGCUCCAUGGGAAGGCUUGCUGCAGCUCCUGCUCUUGCCAAUGUGUUUCAGAUUUGUUCAACGUGGCGCGCCGUCUCCCGCUCGGACCUCCUCUGGCAUCGACUCACGCGCCUUGUUUGGGGCAGGACCCGCCUCCUCCAGGACACGUGGCGCGACGAGUACGUCUACUGGCAUCGGACGGCUAGGAACUUCCAGACCCGUAGAUCGGUCCACACAAUACUCUACUUCGACCCGUCCGACGUGGAAGAUUCCAACGGCUUCACCUGCCGCUGCCUCACGCUCUCCGACGCCCACCUCGCCUGCAUCGUCAUACCCGGCUCCAAACUCGUCUUCGCCACGCUGGACGGCGACAUCCACGUGGCGACCAUCGGGAACCCCCAGAUCACAAACCGGGUCCACCUGGGAGAGGUGGUCAACGACGGAGCCCUGGUCGACUUCACCGGCUGCGAGAGGUGGUGGGUCGGCCUCUACGCGGGCGUACCGGGUCGGGCCUUCCACAUAUGGGACGGCGUGACGGGACAGUUGACUUUCGUGGGCGGUACGUUGACCGAUCCGGAGGCGGUGAUGGGGUGGCACAUGCUGACCGAGAUGACCGGGUUCGUGGGCCGAGUCCGAGUCACGAGUCGCGAAUCGGCCGUGGCGUGCACUAGCUCGCGCGUGAUGGUCUUCGAUCUGACGAACCAGGGGGUCGUGUUGGGUGAUGAAGAGUACAGGAACGGGAGGGAGAUAAUUGUGACCUCGGUUGACGUCAGCAGCGCGGCGUACGUUAUCGCGGAGAGGAGGAGGGGGUUGGCUAGGUUGGCUAGGUUGGCUAGGGUGCGUCUGGUGGACACGAUGGAGGAGGUGUGCAGGUUUAACGUGAGGGGGGCGGCGGAGAUAGGGGCGAUGGGGUGCAUGAACGAAGGGUACGCGCUAAUGUGUACCGAUGGCGUGGUGAGUGUGUGGGAGGUGGAGAGGGGCACAUAUCUGUACAGGUUCAGGGAGAGGAUCGGGGACGUCAAUGCGAUGGUGUGCGACGAACGACAUGUCGCAGCGUGCUCGAGUGAUACGACACUGCACCUAUGGGACUUUGGGGCUGCGGAUUAA